AUGUCGAAAAUUACGGUUGCCAACGUCCGCACUCAGGUCUCUGAGCUGCUCGAGUACUCUCUCGAGACCAAGAAGCGCAACUUCCUCGAGUCUGUCGAGCUUCAGAUCGGCCUCAAGAACUAUGACCCCCAGCGUGACAAGCGUUUCUCCGGCACCGUCCGCCUCCCGGUCGUCCCCCGCCCCAACAUGAGCAUCUGCAUUCUCGGUGACCAGCACGAUAUCGAUCGUGCCAAGCACGGUGGUGUUGACGCCAUGUCCGCCGACGACUUGAAGAAGCUUAACAAGAACAAGAAGCUCAUCAAGAAGCUCGCUCGCAAGUACGACGCCUUCGUCGCUUCCGAGACCUUGAUCAAGCAGAUCCCCCGUCUCUUGGGUCCCGGUCUGUCCAAGGCCGGCAAGUUCCCCACCCCCGUCUCCCACGCCGACGAUCUCUCUGGCAAGAUCACCGAGGUCAAGUCCACCAUCAAGUUCCAGCUGAAGAAGGUUCUCUGCAUGGGUGUCGCCGUCGGCAACGUCGGCAUGACCCAGGAGCAGCUGAUUGCCAACAUCAUGUUGGCCAUCAACUACCUCGUCUCCCUGCUGAAGAAGGGCUGGCAGAACGUUGGAAGCUUGACCAUCAAGGCUUCCAUGUCUCCCCCCAAGCGCCUCUACUAA